AUGUCGACCGCUGAUGCUACGAGUUUUGUGUGGGGUCGUGAACCUGCUGCUCGUGAUGAUUCUGCGCAAGAAGAUGGUGCUGGUGAUGUUUCCCAACACCCUGACGCCGGUGCUGUUCCUGUACCACCUUUUCGUAACGGACGUGACACAGCAACCGACCCAUGGGAUCAAGCUGAUCCCUGGCAGAGUGGAGCCGGGCGUGACGCCUGGUGGGGCCACUCAUGGGGAAAUCGAGACGGGUGGUCUGGUUAUGCUUGGGGAAAUGGCAACCAUGACUACGCGUCCCGCCGGAGCUCGAACGCUUGGGGCCGCCAUUGGAGCCAAGGUGAUACGUGGACCACGGGCUCUACAGGCACAGACUCCGUCAGUGAUCGGCGUCUUCAAGAGGACCAAGGACUACCUGACGAUCAUGAACUACCUCGUCACGACCACCGGGAGCCUAACGGUGGAGGCUCAGGACCUUGGGCGGCCGGUGACCUCCCGAACGGCGUGAAGACUACCAGUGCGGCCACGGCUCCACCUGCGGAGCGAGGCCGCGGACCAUCAGAGAAGAUGAUUGUCCCAACCUUCACGGGUGGCGUGGAGGCUGGAGCAGAUGACCUUGGAGCCUCGGCGAGAAGCUACUUGAGGCAGGUGGCUGCCUGGCGGAAGAUGACCCGCCUUUCGGCGGAUCAACAUGGAUUGGUCCUCUACCAGAACCUUUCCGGAAAGGCCUGGAUCGAUGCGGAGAGAUUGGAUGUGGACCGUUUGGGCCUAGAGAACGGGGCGGAGUACUUCGUGGAGUGGAUUCGCGAGCGCUACCUCGACGUACAGAUCACUCAGAUUGGGAGAAGUUUGAGUGACUUCUUCCGGAAACUCCGGAGACGCGACGGGCAGACAGUCCGGGACUACCUCAGCGACUUCGAUCGGGCUUUGGCCCGUUUGACCGAGUGCGGAUGCAGCUUGCCGGACAUGGCUUCGGCCUGGGUCUUCGUGGACCGUAUGGGCUUGGAGGAGUCUGCGGAGCUCAACUUACUGGCGAGCGUGGGCAACGAGUACAACUUGAAGCGCUUACAGCAGGCGGCGAUAGUCCAGGACAGGUCCUUGCGAAAACCAUGGGAAAGCUCUACGAGAUCCUCUUCAAGGGAUUCUGCUGCCAACGGAGGACGAGGGCCUCGACGUGAAUGGUGGAACAAGAAGGGGCCCAACACCACCCACCUCACCGAGAACGGCGACUACGAGGAGAAUGGCGACGACGACCUGGUCCCGGAGGAGAUCGCGGAGGAAUGGUACGAGACCUUCAUGACGCACGAGACGGCCAAGCAGAAGUACAAGAAUAGCCUACGACAAAGAGGCACCGACAGCGAAGCUCUCCGAGAACUUGCCAACGAUCGGUUGGCACAGGCGAAGGCCAAGAGCUUUUGCGCAGGCUGCAAAAGACGCGGCCACUGGCACAAGGACAGCUGCUGUCCCCUGAACCAGGGGGCCAAGAGGAAUGGAGACUCGAACCACGGAGGCGACAAGGGCGCUGGAGGCCAGGGCGGCAACGGAAGCCAAGCCAAGACCAACUACCAAUGCAGCGUCGUCUACGUCACCUGGGAUAUGGGAAAGCCCACCGAUGCCAGUUACCUGAUGGCUAUCACGGACACCGCGUGUAGCAAGUCUGUUAUGGGGGCGAGCUGGUUGGAAUCCUACCUCACCGAAGCGGCCAAGGUGAACCACAAGCCCCAGUUCGUGAACAUCAACGAGAACUUCAAGUUCGGCGCCUCGCGGAUCUUCGAGGCCGGCUACGCAGUGAUUGUCACUUUCGCUUUGAAGCAAGUGGUUGUGCAAGCCAAAGUGGCCGUUGUGCAAGGAGAUGUACCCCUCCUCCUCUCAAGGGGCGUCCUUGCGAAGCUGGGAACCGUGUUGGAUGUUGCCGAGAACACUGCCGACUUCAAGUACAUCAAUGUGCGAGGGUUCCCUUUGAAGAUCACCGAUACUGGACAUCCGGCUGUGCCUUUUGUUCCCAUCAGACCACCUGUGUCUGGAGAGGCCCGAAAGGACUGGGCACAGGAAGACCUUGUGAUUCUCAAUUCCGAGAGCGCCUACACAGGGGUUACGCAACCACAUCCUGAGCUCGUCAACGAGGCUCUCCGGGUGGGGAUCACGAUCCAUCCAAAGUGGACCGUGCCAGAGAUCAGGAGCGUGAUUAUGGAACACCGGGCCGAGGUCGCGGUCACCAGUGCGGACGCCCCUCCGAAGCCGUUGUCCGGCAUGCGACUGGACGAACUCAAGGAGACUGCGAUGCUACACGGAGUGGAGCUGCCAAUGAAGGUCACCCGAGGACAGGCGAUGAGACUCAUCCGCGAUGCGACCGAGGACAUGAGCACCAAGGUGAUGGCUUUCGGGAGGUAUCGGGGAUGGACCUUUGCCGAGACCCCGGAACAAUACCAACAAUGGGCAGUCGCGGAGGUGGAGAGGUCGGCCAAUGCCAGCGAGGACUUGAAGAUGUUCGCCAAUUGGGUACGCAACAAGGGGGUCGCCGGGAGGAGCUCCUUCACCUACGACCCGAGCUUGGAUCCAGAGUUCAAUGCGACGGUGCCCUACGAGCCCUCGGAGGUGGAUUCGACGAGCUGGGGAAUGGUGUCCCGAGCGGGCUACCGAGCGGAAAGAGGAACUUCAUCGGCGAACUUGGUGCUACCCACGGCAAAGGCAAGGGCCCCACCACCAGCGCAGGGAGCCAUACCACGACUACCUCCCCGACAACGUCAGCUCGAGGAGACGGACAGCAUCAGCUCCAUGGACCACGAGGCCGGGAACGAGGCACUGGACGAGAUCAAGAAGUUGGAGGCACGACUAGCAGUACUCAAGGAUCGAACUACCAGGGCCAGGAAGAUGGAGCGCAGCGUCACGAUCAACUCCAUCCUCCAUUACACGAUCCGGAACUACCUGUUCGAGGACCAGAAGAUCAGCUCCAUCCUCUACACGAUCCUGAGCUACCUGUUCGAGAACCAGAUGAUCAGCUCCAUCCUCUACACGAUCCUGAGCUACCUGUCCCUAGUCCACAAGUACCACAGGGCGACGCUCACGACGUGGCAUCCGUUCACACCCAGGACCAAGGAAGGACUGAGCAAGGCCAUGAGUCUCUUCGGCUUCAGGACGGUGAUGAUCGAUCUACCCGAGUGGGAUCUUGUUCGUGUGGAUCGCCGCAGAGAUCUACUACGACUGGUCGCGAACCUCAACCCAGAUGUCCUAUGGUGCGCGCCUCCUCAGAAGGACGAGUUAUGCCAUGGAGGUACCAAGGAGAUCCAGGAGGCCUACCACGACGUGAUAAAGAGGCUUUACCAACAGCAGUUCCAGCGGAACCUCGUUGGAGUCAUUGAACUCCCCAGGUCUUCCCCCACGUGGAAGGCUGAUGGUUUCGACGCCCUGGACGGCUUCCCCGUCUUCCUUGAGGAGUGCGCCUACGGGUCCUACGUCCUCGACUCACACGGGGAGGCGAUGAGGGCCAAGCGGGAGACGAAGCUACAGGUGACGAGAGAGGAGAUCGGGACGAUGCUCUCUAGGCGCUGUCCAGGUGAUCACGUACAUGCUCCGGGGCAUCUCCUCCGGAACUCACGUGGGACACCAAAGGGAAGGCGACUGUACCGGGAGAAGUUCUGCUAUGAUGUGGCCCAGGUCUUGGCCGAGAGCAUCGGCAAUUUGCUCGAGGACUCCAUCCCCGACUACGAGAACCACCCGAACCGGAAGGCUACAAAAGACAAGACCAAGGACGAGAGCAACGGCGUUGCCGAGGCCAUUGCGAAGGAGGCCCUGACCAAGAAGGAUUUCUCAUACCGCGCUCUCCUUCAGAUCACCACCCGUCUCAAUCUCCCGGGAAUCGCGAACAACAGGACAGCCAACACUGGAGGUACGGGCACUCCAACGGGGAUCAUAUGUGGACUUUGGGUACAUGGAGGAGUACACGGUAUCACUCGGUCUUGCGAAAACUUCCCCUACGUCGUCAAGUACAUUAACAAGUUUGCCCGGCACCAUGGUGUCCAAGGUUGGACCUCCUUUUCGUUGGCCAGAAAUCUACAGACUACUAUUCACCGCGACCCGAACAACCUCAGUGGAUACGACAGCGUCACCACCACCUUCGGCGACUUCACCGGAGGAGAACUAUGGCAAGUGUGCGAUCCUGACGAUGCGAGUGAAGACGUUGUGUGGCACGAUGGCAUGGCUGGCCUCACGGUGAAUACCAAGGAGAGACUGGUGGCCUUCGACUCGCGUGAACUACAUGCAACGAGGCCCUGGAAGGGAGACCGCUGGUGCCUCACCUGGUACAUCUCCAGAGCAGUCCUCAAGACCACCCUGGAAGAACGUGAUGCACUACGAGCGCUCGGUUUCCCCAUCAAUUCGUUGGCCAACCGGAAGAAACCCAAGUUCGAUGACCAUGGGCGUGGCGAGUUCAUUCGGUGGCCCGAGAAACGAAGACCGAGGAAGAGCACCCGUACGCAACUGUGGAAGAUGGCAAAGAGACUCAGUACUUUCGCGACAUGGUCAAUCUUGGCUACCACUACUCUACUUGGUCUCACGGAGCCUGCGGCGGGACACAACAGCGUUCUCGAGGUUGCAAACACUGAGGUCGAGAAUGUCCCCGCCCUCUUCGAGAUCGGAGGCAUGGACCAAACGCUACAGGCCACCGCCCUGGGAAUCGACACGAUCGAGCCAAUGGUGAAACUUGACCUACGACAACCGCGAGACCUUCACCAAGUCAAAGAUCUUCUUCAAGAACUACGACCGCGAAAUCUAUGGGUGAACGGAGACGAACUCCACGACACCACGGGGCUGUCUGAGGUGUUCAAGUUGCAGGAGAGUUUGGGUGGCCGCGUCACAUUGGAUGGCAAACUUGGUGGCCCUUUGUGGAGCUCAGAUUUCGGCAACACCAUCUACCAGAGAGCCGGGACCCUCGUGAAGUACAAGAAGGGACGCCUACAGGUGCACCUUGGCAAGGACACAGCCCCCGCCGAGGAAGAGGAACUCUCCACUUCAAUGGACCCCGACAAGGCGAAGAACCUCCUCGAGAAGUACCUCCUCAAGCAGGCCUCCAAGGACCCUGAGGGUGACUAUGAAGUCAAGGAGAAUUUUCCUGUCGAGGCACAGAACCGCGCAGGUGCACAGCCCGAAGAACCGAGCUCACGAGGAGCUUCAGCGAUCAACUUCAAAGGAGCUCAGCCCAAACCAGAGGUGGCCUCAGCUCUCCGGAGGCUACACCAGAAUUUGGGCCAUCCGGCCGUCGCCGACUUGACCCGACACCUCCGUCUCGCAGGAGCAGGACCUGAGGUUAUAGCCGCUGCCAAGAACAUGACGUGUGAAGUAUGCCGGAGAGCUCAAGGAGCAAAGUCGCCCAAACCCGCGGCACUACCCACCACGACCUCCUUCAACGAGAUCAUCGGCGUGGAUGCUUUUACCGUCUACGACUGCAAUGGGGAGAAGCUUGAGAUGUUCUCCAUCUACGACUACGGUACGUCGUAUCACCUUGUCGGCGAACUACCUGGACACUCAACGGAGGCCAUGGAGCAAGCACUAUGUGACCUAUGGACGAGGGUGUUCGGACCGCCAAAGACCAUCCUUGUCGACCUGGAGUCCGGUCUACAAGCCGGACUGGAAAGGUUCGCCUCCUGGUUUGGCAGCCGUAUACGGAGUGCCGCCGGACAAGCACCAUGGCAGGUUGGGGCCGUAGAACGACACGGAGGAGUAUGGAAGCACAUGUGGCGCAAAGUAGUUGAUGAGCACUCUAUCACCAAGGAUGCCCCUGGUGAUGUCAAGCUUGGGAUCACGGCUAUCAAUGCCGCCAAGAACGAACUUCGUCGUCUUGGAGGCUACAGUCCAACCCAAGCCGUCUAUGGCAGGGAUCCCGAUGUACCUGGUGAACUACUUGAUCACCGCGAUCCCCAACAAGUUGAUGAGAUUCUCACACGUGACCAACUACGAGCGCGAGAACACACCCUCCGGCAGGCGGCUAGGAUCGCCUACCAUCGGGCACAAGUGGACUCAAAGUUACGAAGGGCCCUUCUCCAGAGGAGCAGGGUGGCCGGGGAAGAUCUCAACCCCGGGGACAUCGUCUACUUCUUCAGGAAGCCCAAGAACAAGAAGGACUGGAGAUGGGUGGGCCCAGCCACCGUUGUGGGGCACGAGAAGAAGAACCUAUGGGUGGCCUCCUCUGGGAGGUGCCAUCUUGUCGCCCCUGAACACAUCCGGAAGGCCACCGGAGAAGAGUUGGGCGAUCUGUUUACGCUCAGGACGACACAGGACGACCUCCAUCGACUUCUUGAUGAAGAGCCCAGCGACCCACAAGUUUUCGAGUACCCUGCAGAGCUGCCCGACGAUGUGGACGUUGAUUUUUACCUUCCUUCUGGAGACGAAAAUGGACUUGAUCUACCUGAAGACGAAGUCAUGCCAAUGGAAGGUGAAAGACGACGAGGACUACCAGGAGAAGGUCCCCGCGCCGUGAGCAAACGUUACCGUGUCAAAGGACCUGAGGAAGGACAUGAGGUGAAGACGGUGCGUUUUGGGUUCGACGAGGACACCUACCGAGUCGGAGACCAUGGCCACGAAACUCCGACUACCAUGCCGGCAGGAAUCCUGAAGAAGGCCCACUCCGUGCCGGACGAUUUUGACUUCGAGGAGACCUACAGCGACCACGAGAACGCCCAAGUCGACGAAGUCUACAUGGUGAAGCGAGCGAUCACGGAAAGGGGCAAGCAGAAACAGUUGGAGAAGGAAUUGCCAUGGAGUUGUAUCCCGGACGACAAGAAGGAUACCUUCCGAGCUGCUGAACGACAACAAUGGCAAGAACACUUGGAUCACGACGCUGUGGAACCGGUCAGUGUGGAGGAAAGCCGACGAAUCCUCCGUGAGAAGCCGGAGAGGGUGUUACCCUCCAGAUACGCCUACAGAGAUAAAAACUGGAGCAAAAGGAAGAAGGAUCCGGCCCUGGACUGGAAGCCAAAGGCCAGGCUCGUCAUCGGGGGCCAUUUGGAUCCUGAUCUUCACCUUGGACUCCAGACAUCGGGCCUAAAGCGUGAGCUCUACAUCCGCCAACCGCGCUCGGGGCUCGGCGACCUUCACCCUGAACAAUUGGUCAAGCUGACCAAGGGAGUGUUCGGGCUUGUCGACAGUCCUGCUGCCUGGUGGGGAGAGUUCAAGGGGACCCUGGGCCAGGAGGAGUUCACCGUGGACGGCGUGAGGACCAAGUUCUUCCACUGCCCGCUGGACCCGUGCAUCUUCCAACUGCGCCGGAUCGACGAACAAGGGAAUGCCUUCGGUGAACCCUUAAGUUACCUUGCUGUCCAUGUUGAUGAUGUCCUUUUGAUAGGACCUCGCCAACUCUGCAAGGACCUCCGGAAGCGCAUCUCCGAAUUGUUUCCAGUUCAAGAAUGGGACGAAGGAGCCUUCGACUACAUCGGGUCGUAUAUCGAGGUGACGGAUGGCGAGGUGCACGUCACCCAGACCGGGUACACGAACACGAGACUCUUCGAGAUUCCCAUCCGUCGUGGCCAACAAGGAGAUGACCCCGCGACCAUGGAGCAGAAGGCAGACAACAGGAGUUUGGUUGGAGCUCUGAGCUGGCUCGCGGGACAGACCCGCCCAGACCUCCAAACAGGAGUGUCGAUGGCACAACAGCUCCAACGUGACCCUACGGUUGAUGAUAUCAAGUUCAGCAACCAGCUUGCUAAGCGAGCUCAGGAGCACGACCACCGAGGAGUUGUUCUACGACCUGUGGAUCUGGAACGUGCCGUGCUGUUAGCUUACCACGAUGCUGGAUGGGCCAAUGCCCCCCAGGACUCCGAGGACCCCUUCUACGUGCUCUACCCCGAAGACGAGGAGGCAGGGAGGAUUCGCGAAGGACCCUUCUCCCAAAAGGACAGACGAGCCAAGCGGAGCAACUCGAGGAUUGCCUCACAGCUAGGAGGACUCUAUCUGCUGACGGAUAAGGACAUCCUGCAGGGACAAAGAAGGAAAGUCAGUCUCCUCGACUGGCGGAGCGCGGCCUGUGACCGCGUCUGCAGGUCUACGUUUGCUGCAGAGUCCAUGGGCUGCUGUGGAGCCAUCGAGAAUGCCGACUUCAUCCGCAAGUUCCUAUCCACUUUGCUUACCGGAGAACUCACCCGGAAGGAGGACGGUCGCUUUGAAGUCCGAUACCUGAGCGAUUGCCGCUCGUUGUACGAUCACCUUGCUCGCGAAGGGAUUCCAAGAAUCCCUUCGGAACGGCGGUUAGCUAUCGACAUGGCAGCUAUUCGCCAAGAUUUAGCAAUUUGUGGAAAGAUUUGUUGGGUGCCAACCGAUCAGCAAUUCGCCGAUAUGAUGACAAAGCCCCAACGGGCCGGCGACUGGUGGGAGACACUGAUGGGAGCUUUGAGACUUCCUUUUGUAGAGAAACUUUAA